UCCUGGAUAUUAUUGUAUGAGGAAGUAGUUUGGUGUGGCACCGGUCACCCAACGUGUUUGAAAGUUGGCGCCUGGAACUGAUUUUAAUUUUUACAAGGAAAUUUAACGGUCAGAAUGGUGUUCUUUAGUUGUUCUAACUGUGGUGAAUCACUGAAGAAAAACCAAGUAAAUAAACAUUACAGCCGAUGCCGGAUGAGUAUGGUGUCUUGUCUGGACUGCAACAAAGAGUUUUGGGGAGACGACUUCAAUAGUCACAUCAAAUGUAUCAGCGAAGAAGAGAAAUAUUCUGGUAAAGAUUAUAAAGCUCGUCCGGCUCAAAACAAGGGAGAAGUCAAGCAAGAUGCCUGGCUUCAGAAAGUACAAACAGCCAUCGACAAAAGCAACUCGAAGCCGAACAUUCGCAACUUACUGGAGAGACUCAAAGAUUAUCCAAACAUUCCCAGGAAACAGGCCAAGUUUGAGAACUUUCUACAAAACAGUUUACGGGUUCGAGAUCAAUGGUUGGUAAAAGAAAUCUGGGAUAUAUUGAUGAGUGAAAAUGCAUCGGAAAGUAAGGAAGUUGAUGGGAAAGAGGAUGAAACCAGCGUGACAAGAUGUGAGGAAAAGUCCGUGGAUGAUGAAAUCGAUGAAAAUAAAAAGAAUAAGGAAAGUAAACGAGAAAAGAAGGCAAAACGUUCCGAAAAGCAAAACAAGAAGGAGAAAAAAGAUCGUCGGAAAAUGAUUGAUGUGAAUGUGGAAGAUGAAAGUAAUAAUAAUAAUGGUGAGGCAAUGGAAUGUGAUGAAACGGAGGAGAAAAAGAAGAAGAAAUCGAAGAAACGGAAACACGAGGAAAUGGAAACGGUUGAGUAUUCCAAGAAAAGGAAAGAGAAUGACGAAAAAGAAAACGAAGAAGGAAUAAAUGUGAACGACAAUGAAGAAGAGGAGGAGGAGGUGGAAGAACCAGAAAGGAAAUCGAAGAAAAUCAAAUUCGAUUGGGAAGAAACUAUUGUAUCGGUUCUUAAAACUAAAGAAGAUCAGAAAAUGAGUAUGAAAAAGGUUGGUAAAAAAGUGAUAGCCGAGUAUCUUGCUCAAGGAGGACAUGCUAAGUCAAAUGAUAAACUCCGUGCAACUUUUACUAAAAAGGUUACCAAAAAUCCUCGAUUUGUUUGUGUAAAAGACGAAGUAAGACUUUCCCGGAAAAACUGAAUUUCUUGGAAUAUUUUAUACACAAAAAGCUAAAUAUAUUUGGGUUUAUGUGAUCUUAUGGCAUUCUUUCGCUUCUUAAAAUUGUUAUUGUUUUUA